CAGCAAUGGAAGAGUUAGUCGUUGAACUUCGUGUCUUCCUUGAACUCCUGGACCAUGAAUACCUAACCUCGGCUGUCAGGGAGAAAAAGGCGGUUAUCACAGACAUCCUGCUGAGGAUACAGUCAUCCAAAGGUUUUGAAGUGAAAGAUCAUGCUGCGAAGCCAGAGACCCCCAACAGCCUGCCGGCCCCUCCCCAGAUGCCUCUGCCAGAGAUCCCGCAGCCGUGGCUGCCGCCUGACAGCGGGCCGCCACCGCUACCGACAUCCUCCCUCCCGGAAGGCUACUACGAGGAGGCCGUGCCGCUGAGUCCCGGGAAGGCUCCGGAGUACAUCACCUCAAAUUAUGACUCGGAUGCAAUGAGUAGCUCUUACGAAUCAUACGAUGAAGAGGAAGAGGAUGGAAAGGGGAAGAAAACGCGGCACCAGUGGCCCUCGGAGGAGGCCUCCAUGGACCUGGUGAAGGAUGCCAAGAUCUGUGCCUUCCUGCUGCGGAAGAAACGCUUCGGGCAGUGGACCAAGUUACUCUGCGUCAUCAAAGACACCAAACUACUG